ACCUACAAUCUGAUAACACUAAGAUACUAUGGCAAAACAAUUAAAUUGUUUUACUUGAUUUACAUACGCAUUCGGAAAUUAUAGAUAAAGUUAUCUCUACAAUAUAAACAUAAUAAUAUUAUUCGUUAACCGCUAAAAUGUUCCAGUUCAUAAUUGGUUAGACUGGUUAAAAGUUCUAUCAAAAUGCGUGAAGAAAAUUAUGCUGCUGUACUUCACGGGCCAUACGACGUUAGAGUUCAAAAAUGGCCUUUACCAAAAAUCUCGGAUAAUGACGUUUUGGUGAAGAUUGAAUGUGGCAUCUGCGGAUCCGACGUGAAACUAUACACGACGGGCUGUUGCGGCAUGGAUGUGUUCACAGAACCCUACGUCAUGGGACACGAAGGCGCCGGUAUAGUUGUCAAGGUGGGUGCCAAGGUGGAUUCUCUGAAGGUGGGCGACCGCGUGGCAAUAGAGCCGACGCAACCAUGUCGAUCAUGCGACCUGUGCAAACGGGGCAAAUACAACUUGUGCGUAAAGCCCCAUUACUGCUCAUCGCUGGGCGCACCCGGCACCUGCCGGUACUACAAGCACGUCGCCGACUGUCACAAAAUGCCAGAUAAUCUCACAAUGGAAGAAGGAGCCGCUGUACAGCCCUUGGCGAUUGCCAUACACGCGUGUAACCGCGCCAACAUCACCCUGGGAUCCAAACUGAUUCUCGGUGCUGGCCCCAUCGGCAUACUGUCUGCCAUGACAGCCAAGGCCAUGGGAGCCAGUAAAAUUAUUAUUAUGACUGAUGUAGUUCAGUCGCGCCUGGACAUAGCCAUGGAACUUGGGGCGGAUUACACAUUGCUCACCAAAAAAGAAGACAUAGACGAAGAGACGGUAGAGAAGAUUAUUGAAAUAUGGGCGAGCGACCAGAGAUCUCGAUGGACGCGUGGGUAUGGCGCUGCGCAGAGAGUGGCACUGCUGGCAACCAGAACCGCUGGUGUGGUGCUGGUGGGCAUUGGCGAGCCGAAGGUAGAGCUGCCGCUGUCCCAAGCGAUGUUAUGAGAGGUCGACGUCAAAGGAUCAUUCCGAAUCAUGAAUACGUAUCCAGCCGCCAUAUCAGCAGUUGACAGCGGGCUAUCCCCAAAGAAGUUCAUCACUCAUCACUUUCCUCUGGCAAAAGAUUGAAGCGCUAAUCUCGCCAAAACAGCCGCGAUGAAGAUUAUCAUACAUGUGCAAGAAUAA